AAAGUCAAUUCGAUUUGGUGUUUUGGUGUUUGUUAUAUGAGAUUUUUUUUGUUGGAAACUAUACCGGAAGCUGUAAGCAUUGUGGGACGUGUAGUUCCGCCUAGAGGCGCUGGGCUUGAUAACAACGCGCAGAAGAACGAAACAAAAAUAAAAUAACCGUAACUCAUUUAAAAUAACCUAUUUUUAAACUAUACAGCACACUAAGGAUGCCUGGGUUCACUUGCUGUGUCCCUGGCUGUUACAACAACUCGCACCGGGACAGGGAGCUGCGUUUCUACACGUUUCCUAAGGACGUGACGCAGAGGGAGCUGUGGCUGAAGAACAUCUCCCGGGCCGGGGUCAGCGGCUGCUUCAACACCUUCCAGCCCACCACAGGACACCGGGUGUGCAGCGUGCACUUCUCCGGGGGACGCAAAACUUACAACAUUCGAGUCCCAACUCAGUUCCCCCUGCGGGGCGUGAAUGAGCGGAAACACCGGAGGGGAAGGGGCCGGGGCAAGAAAGGAUCCGCAGCCGUUGCGGCGGCGCAGCCGCGUACUGCAGCUCACUCCGGGAUCGUGAUCUCCAACGUGUACUCUACUUCCCCCGGGGAUGCCGACAGCAACACGACCGCCGAGACCGGCAUCGACAGCCUGACGGUGGUACAGAUCGACCAAAACGGGGAAUACGUGGGCUCCACCAGCGUGGCGGUGCAGCCCUACCGGAUCGGCGUGCCCGCGGAUGUCUCCAGCACCACCGAACCCACCAAGGAGGAGCAGUCCCCGGAAGAGCCCCUCGACUACAUCAGCGUGAUCAGCAACCCCCUUGACCACUCGUACUCGCUGACCACGGGGACCACCUCCACCGAGCUUCUGCGGAAGCUGAACGAGCAGCGAGACAUCAUCGCGCUGAUGGAGGUGAAGAUGAAGGAGAUGAAAGCCACCAUCCGCCAGCUCCGCGUGAGCGAGGCCAAGCUGCAGGAGGAGGUCCGGGACCGGGACCGGGAACGGUCCGCUGCCGUGGCCUUCACCGUGAGGAAGAAGAUUUGAUCCGCUGGAAGUAGUAGGUCAGCUCAAAGACUCUCUUGGGACGCCGACAUCAGGUCCUGAGAACAAGCCCUGUUUUCUACCAAUUUACGAGCUCCGACCAUUUAUACACAUUAGAACCAAUAGAUACAUUUUCAUAGGCUGACAUUUUCAUCUAUUGAAGACGAAAUAACUACUCAUGCUGAUGAUCUAGAAUGGUCGUCCAGUUUAGUCCAGGUUUGAAGUGCACUGCUGGUCUGCUCUAGUGAUGAGUUUCUGUAAUCAUGACACCGUAGGCGAUGCUCAUAUGCAGGCUUAGAUAUUAAAGACAGGAGUAUGAAAGUCUAACAUGUAUCCCACGCGGUUGCAUUGUUUACCCGCUGUAUCCUGUGACAUGCUGUGCAGCACACAGACAGCCGCUGCUUUCAUGUCCAAUGAUUUGAUGCGAAGAAUGUUACUUUAUUAUUUUUCACAAAAUUAUAUGAAACUUCCAGGUCAUACAUGAUUUUUUAUUUAUUUUUUUCGACCUAAUUAUCAAUUUGAAGUAACUGUUUUUUGAGAAGGGGGGGUUAGCCUGAGUGACUCAAAGCCUUCUAAGAUGUAUUCUUGGUAAGGUGAGAUAUCUUGUAGAUAUUUCUGCACAGAACAGAAACUGCUGAUUUGGGAAGUUCCAAAUGUUUCUGUGAUACCCCUAGGAAGAUUGAGAUUAGGCCAUUGCAUCGCUAAUAAAACAAUGGGACAGUGGACGUCACCAGACCUGGAAGACUGUUGGUUGAACUGUUGUUUUUUGGUUUACAUGCAAAACCAUAGGAUUUGUCAUUUAUUUAUUUUUGAUACGUAGGCCUGCCACUAGUCAUAGGAUAUUAGAAAAGGUAUAUCUAUGUUUCUGAUUGCAACAGCUUGUGAAAAAGGUACAUUUCCAUUUCAUUAAUAAAAAAUGAAUUAGUACAAAUAGCA